GCAGGUAAAGCGCCUUCCACAAGUCGUGGUUGUUGCUUGUUGGUUCCCUCCGCAGAUCCAUCUCCCAGAUCGUAGAAUGCCGCGACUUCAGGAGAGAGCUCCUUCCUUCGCUUGAGGCGCGUGUUGUCUUCCCGUCUUCUCGUUCCAAUCCCAAGAUUCGAUCUGCUAUUUUCAUUCAGACGAUGUACUUUUGGAUAGUCAAACUGUGAAACUCGGUUGUCUGGUGUGCGCUGGAUCUGGUUCUUGGUGUAAGAUUGUUAAGAGGAAGGAGGAUCGGCUUCUUGUUGGAUAGAAAAUGGGGUACAUUGGGCACCAUGGAGUGGCAACGCUGCAUAGAUAUAAAUACAGUGGCGUGGAUAACUCGCUAGUCGCCAAGUAUGUGUUGCAGCCGUUUUGGAGUCGCUGCGUCGCGCUUUUCCCUCUCUGGAUGCCGCCAAACCUGAUUACUCUCACAGGACUUAUGUUCUUAGUUAUAUCAACACUUCUCGGCUAUAUUUAUUCACCUCGUCUAGACACAGCUCCACCAAGAUGGGUUCACCUUGCUCAUGGAUUGCUUCUAUUCUUAUAUCAGACUUUUGAUGCUGUAGACGGUAAACAAGCAAGGCGGACCAAUUCAUCAAGUCCAUUGGGAGAACUUUUUGAUCAUGGUUGUGAUGCACUGACAUGUGCUUUUGAAGCCUUGGCUUUUGGGAGCACCGCAAUGUGUGGUGGAACUACUUUUUGGUUUUGGGUUAUUGCAGCUGUACCUUUUUAUUUCGCAACAUGGGAGCACUUCUUUACAAAUACACUUAUUCUUCCAAUAUUCAAUGGACCUACAGAAGGCCUCAUGUUGAUAUAUGUUUGUCAUUGGAUUACAUUCUUUUUGGGAGCUGAAUGGUGGGCAGAGGAUUUCAGAAAAUCUAUUCCUCUCAUGGAUUGGGUGCCAUUUGAUAGCAAGAUUCCUACUUAUGGAGUUGUGUUGUUCAUUAUGAUUAUUUUUGCUGUAAUUCCGACUAUUAGCUCCAACAUUAGUAAUGUCAACAAGGUUGUUCGAGCAAGAAAAGGAAGCAUGUUGUUAGCACUAGCAAUGGUCUAUCCUUUUGGUGUGCUAAUGGCAGGAGUUCUUGUCUGGUCGUACUUGUCCCCUUCAGAUGUUAUGCGUGAGCAUCCACAUUUGCUUAUAGUUGGAACUGGAUUUGCUUUUGGCUUUCUUGUGGGGAGGAUGAUUCUUGCACACCUAUGUGAUGAACCCAAGGGUUUGAAGACUGGAAUGUGCAUGUCUCUACUGUUUCUUCCUCUUGCUAUUGCAAAUGCUCUAACUGCCAAGCUCAAUGAUGGAGAACCUCUAGUAGAUGAGUACAUUGUCCUCCUUGUGUAUUGCUUGUUCACAGUGGGACUCUACCUGCAUUUUGCCACGUCCGUUAUCCAUGAGAUAACCACAGCUCUGGGCAUUCUCUGCUUCAGGAUAACCAGGAAAGAGGCCUGAGAAAGGGUCUUCAUUUGCUGUUCUUUGUGCGAUUUUUAUUGUUGGAUUAUUGGCAUUGGCAAGGCAGCAAGCACUACAAGAUCCAUUUGUUGUUAUAUGAACUUUCCCGUUGUAUUAAAUCAAUCCGUGUGGGAAAUCCUUCCUUGUGAAAGGAAACGACAUUAGCAGUUUAAGAUGAGAAACUGUUGCAAUUAUAGAUUUGCGUGCAGAAUGUUUGAAAUUGCAGCACCAUCAUGUUGGCAGAAUGGAAUUUAUAUAAUUCUAAAACAAACUACAAUUGGAUUACCAUUUUACUA